AUGUCAGGGUCCAGCCGGGCCAGGCCUGGCUCUUCCUCCUGCUGUGGGAUAAGUGGGGGCCUCCAUCUGAGAGCAGUUUCCAGAAACAGGAGACCCCUGGAGCUGCAGGCAGAAGCUGGAUGCUCUUCUGCGCUCAGGGUGGAGCAUGGCCUGAGCCUGGAGGAAACCCACCCCCUGGCCCUCUCUGCUCACUGCCCACUGUCUCCGCCCACCCUUCUUCUGGUCCAGGUCUCCAAUGUGCUGCGGGGAGAAUCGUCCAGUCCUGAACUAGUGUGCUGGGGACCUGGGGCGACCAGCCUGCACCUCCCUACGUCACAGGCCUGGUGUGUGGACCAAACCGUGUUCAUCUGCCUCCAAGCUGCCCAGGGCUCUGGGUCUACUCCCGUCCUUCUUCCUGAAAUGGCUGCUUGGUUUCGAGACGACAUUCCCUUAGACUUCUGGAACUGGAGUGCGGAGAUGGACUCCGUGGUCGUCGAGGAUGUGGCAGUGGUCUUCAGCCAGGAGGAGUGGGCUCUGCUGGACGUUGCUCAGAGGAAACUCUACAGAGACGUGAUGAUGGAAACCUUCAGAAACCUGGCCCUAGAGGAAACCCGCAAAGUGUGUGACGAUAAAGAUCAGAAUAAAAUCCAGGGGAGUGAUUCCAGAAAUCGCAUACUGGAGAACCUCUGUGAAAGUAACGAAGGCAGUCAGAGUGAGAAACCCUUCGGCUGGUCUCCAAAUCUUACUGCACUGCAAAGAGACCCUCCAGAGGCAAACCCUUCGGAACGCUGUGAGUGGGAAAAAACCUUCGUGAAUCACUCGGUGCAGAACCAUCAUAACAGAUCUCACAGCGGAUACGGCGCCUGUCCGUGUGAGAACUGUGUCCAGGCCUACGGUCGUCCCUCUCACCCAUCACCCCUUACUCCUAUGAGAACUCUGAAUGAAGAGACACCCUUUAAAUACAAGGUAUGUGGGAAAGACUUCAGUAGUAACUCAGUGCUUAAAAAUCCUCUGACAGCAUUCAGUGAUGUGAAAAGCUGUGAACACGAUGACUGUGGGAACUAUUUCUGUAAGCCCUCAGCCUUUUGGUCACACCUGCAAAACCGUGAAUGUCAAGAAAGUAAAACGUACAGCCUGCCUCCAGCUCUCAUUUUACAUAACAACUAUCGUGACAGAGAUGGGCCUUAUGAAUGUAAGGACUCUGAGAAAGCCUUCGGUCAAGACUCAUCCCUCACUAAAAAUAUCAAAAAUCCCAGUGGAGAGAAGCCUUAUGGAUGUAAGGAAUGUGGAAAAGGCUUUUGGCACCUCUCAGCCCUUACUCGACAUUUAAGAACGCACAGUGGAGAGAGGCCUUACGAAUGUAGUGAUUGUGGGAAAGCCUUUAGUGAGGCCUCAUCCCUCACUAAACAUAGACGAACUCACACAGGAGAGAGGCCUUAUGAGUGUAAAGUGUGUGGGAAAACCUUCACCUGUUCCUCCAACCUUAUCCAACAUGUGAGAACUCACAGUGCCGAGAGGCCCUAUGAAUGUAAGGAAUGCGGGAAAACCUUCCGUAACUCCUCAACCCUCACGACACAUCUAAGAACUCAUAGUGGAGAGAGGCCUUGUGAGUGUAAGGAAUGUGGGAAGGCCUUUAGUAACUCCUCAACCCUCAGCAGACAUAAAAAAACGCACAGUGGAGAGAGACCUUAUGAAUGCAAGGAGUGUGGGAAGGCCUUCAGUCGACACUCACACCUGACUAAUCAUGUAAGAAGGACUCACCUUGAGGAGAAGCCUCACGAAGGGGCAAACUGUGGGGAAACCCUCACUGGUUCCUCAGUCCUCACUGUGCCUAGAAGAACUCACACUGUAGGGAGGCCUUAUGAAUGUAAGGAGUGUGGGAAAGCCUUUAUUCAUGCCUCAGCCCUCACUAAACACAAAAGGAUUCACACUGAAGAGAGGCCCUACAAGUGUAAAGAGUGUGGAGAAGCCUUUAGUCGAGCCUCGACCCUCACUAGACACAUAAGGACUCACACUGGAGAGAGGCCCUAUGAGUGUAAGGAGUGUGGGAAAGCCUUCAGGCAGCUCUCAACCCUCACCAAACAUGUAAGGACUCACAGUGGAGAGAGGCCCUAUGUGUGUAAAGAAUGUGGGAAAACUUUUAUUGAGUCUUCAACCCUCACUAUACAUACAAGGAUUCACACAGGAGAGAAACCAUACGUGUGUAAAGAAUGUGGCAAAGCAUUUAGUCAGCUCUCAGCCCUCAUCACACACAUCAGAACUUACAGUGGGGAGAGGCCUUAUGAAUGUAAGUAUUGUGGGAAAACCUUCAUUUGUUCCUCAAAUCUCAUUACACAUAUCAGAACUCACACUGGAGAAAAGCCCUAUGAAUGUAAGGAAUGUGGGAAAGCCUUCAGAAGGCUCUCAACCCUCAGUAGACAUUUAAGGAUUCACAGUGGAGAGAGGCCCUAUGAAUGCAGAGAAUGUGGGAAAGCCUUCAGGCAGGUCUCAGCCCUAGCUACACAUGUAAUGACUCAUAAUGAAUAG